AUGGUGACCACACGGGCAAAGGGCAAAGCGCAAGGUGAAGGGACUGCCGUGGCCAACGAGGGAAAGACAGGGACCAAGAGAUCCCGCGACGAGGCCCCCAAGACAAAAACCACAGAGCCGAAAACAAAACAACAGAAGAAGGACCAAGUUGGGGAAGUGAAAAAAACCACUGUGAAAGGUGCACGCGACGAUGGUGGGAAAGAGAAAGAUCGCAAAAAGGCAUCUCCAAAAUCGACGAGAGAUCAGAAGAAACUCUCGGGACCACAUGGCCAGAAGAUCGAGAAACUUCUCCAGCACUUUGGGGCUCUUCCUCUCUCCAACACCGACCUUGACCACCCGGACAAGGCAACUCCGGAGACCGUAUUGGCCCUGCUCUUGAAUGCGAUAUUGUCUUCCACUCGCGUGUCGCAUAGCAUUGCGGCCAAAACCACCGCUCUUGUCAUCAAGGCCGGGUAUCACAAGCUUGAUGUCUUGAAGAAAAGCAGCUGGGAGGAGAGGACUCAGGUGCUCACGGAGGGUGGCUAUACCCACUAUCGGGAGAAGACAGCAACAUUUAUGGGACAGCUGGCGGAGCGGGUCGAGGAGAAGUACGAGGGCGACCUCAACACUCUCGUCAAGACCGCAUCCCAAGACCCGGCCAAGAUCCGUGCAGAGCUCCAGAAGAUCAAGGGGAUCGGAGACGUGGGGAUUGACAUUUUCUUCACCACGGCGCAGCACGUGUGGCCUUGUCUCGCGCCGUGGAUCGACCCCAGGAGUCUGAAGACGGCCGAGCACAUUGGGCUGGGCAGCGACGUGCAGGCGCUGUGGGAAGAGGUGGACCAGAAGCCUGAGUUGAUGUGUCGACUGGCAUGUGCGCUGAUGGAGUGGUUCGGCAUCAUGGCGGAGCAGACGUUCCACUACGAGCAGCGACGCCUGGAGAAUGACCUCGUGGCUCUCGUGCCGUUCGAGCCCACUGUCCAUGCCGCCCCCUUUGUGGAGAUGAUCAAGGCCCACCCGGAAAUGUUCUCCUACAUUCCCUUCCCGGUCAUCAACGACGAAGCGGAUUUCAUGAAGGUCUACGAGGGUAUCCACUCGUCGCCCGCUGACUGUCUGUUCGCCGUGCUGGACAAGAAGCAGAAGAAGAAGGUGCAAGAGGAGGAGGGCCUCGCCUCUUCUCUGAAGGCCGCAGCGGAGAUGGGCGGCAACGGCAACACAUUCGCGGGCGUGGUGUCCCUGAUGGCGACGAACCCGACCAACGCCGUCACCGAGGUCGGCGUCAUGAUCUUCCCGGCCUUCCAACGCACCCACGUGGCCACCAACGCCAUCGGCCUCCUCCUCUUCUGGACGCUCGAUCCGCCCGCCGCGGGGGGUCUGGCCCUGCGCCGCGUCGUGUGGCAGACGCACGCGGGCAACGCCGUGUCGCGACGCACGGCCACCCGGCUGGGGUUCGAGUUCGAGGGCAUCGCCCGCUGGGAUCGCGUGUUCCCGCGGUGCCGCGGUAGCGAGGUCGGUCUCUCCGCCGAAGCCCUCAGAGUACGCAAUGGGACGCCAGGGGAAGAACAGCCCGGCAGGCACACGGCCGUCUAUUCCAUCGUCUGGGACGAGUGGGACGACAACAAGCGACCCCGGAUCGCGGCACUGAUGAUGGAGAGGAAAUAA